UUGACGUGGGAAGAUUUGUGGGUGACGGCUUCAAGCUUGAAAGAUGGCAACAAAGCCAUUCUUAAAGGUUUAACAGGCUAUGCAAGGCCUAGUGAGCUCUUGGCUAUCAUGGGCCCUUCUGGCUGUGGCAAAUCUACACUUCUCGACACAAUUGCCGGGAGAUUGGGAUCGAGCACAAGGCAGAGUGGAGAUAUUCUAAUCAAUGGUCGCAAACAAACACUGGCAUAUGGAACCUCUGCGUAUGUGACUCAAGAAGAUACUCUAAUGGCAACUCUCACAGUAAAAGAAGCUGUAUACUACUCUGCUGAACUCCAACUCCCAAAUUCCAUGCCAAAAUCAGAGAAAAAACAAAUAGCAGACAUGACUAUGAAGGAAAUGGGAUUGCAGGAUGCAAUGGAAACAAGAAUUGGAGGAUGGAUUGGAAAAGGAAUUAGCGGAGGACAAAAAAGGAGAGUCAGCAUAUGCUUAGAGAUUUUAACGCGCCCAAAACUUCUCUUUCUUGAUGAACCAACUAGUGGACUUGAUAGCGCAGCGUCUUAUUAUGUCAUGAAAACAAUUGCAAGCCAAUGUCAGGGGAGAACAAUUAUUGCCUCAAUUCAUCAACCUAGCACUGAAGUUUUCAGUCUAUUUCAUUCUUUAUGUCUUCUGUCUUGUGGAAGAACUGUCUACUUUGGCCCUGCUAGUGCAGCAAUUGAGUUUUUUGCAUUGAGUGGUUAUCCUUGCCCCACGCUCCAGAAUCCAUCUGAUCAUUUUCUCAAAACAAUUAACAGUGAUUUUGAUCAGGACAUUGAAGAAGGUCCAACUAGUAGGAAAUCAACAGAAGAGGUGAUUAAUAUCCUGAUAAAGUCGUAUAGUGAUUCUGAUAAGUACAGAGCAGUUCAAAGUCAAGUUGCUGAAAUCUGCCAACAGGAAGGUGAAGUACUGGAGAAAAGAAGCCGUGCCAGCUUCACAACUCAAAGCCUUGUUUUGACAAAAAGGUCAUUUGUGAACAUGUCCCGUGAUCUUGGUUACUACUGGCUGCGCUUAGGUGUUUAUAUUGUAAUAGCUGUAGGUCUUGGCACUAUCUACUAUGAUGUUGGCUUUUCUUACACUUCGAUUCAGUCAAGAGGUUCCAUGCUAAUGUUUGUGGCGACAUUCAUCACUUUUAUGGCCAUUGGUGGAUUCUCCUCUUUUGUGGAAGAACUCAAGGUAUUUCAACGAGAGAAACUAAACGGUCUUUAUGGUUCUGGUUCAUUUGUCAUUGCCAAUACACUUGCUGCUCUACCAUACUUGGUAUUGGUAUCUUUUAUCCCAGGAGCUAUCGCGUAUUUCCUCACUGGACUACAAGGUGGAUUCGAGCAUUUCAUCUACUUUGCACUAGUCCUCUUCACGUGUAUGAUGUUAGUUGAGAGCCUAAUGAUGAUUGUAGCAAGCAUUGUGCCUAAUUUCCUCAUGGGAUUAAUAAGUGGAGCAGGAAUACAAGCACUUAUGUGCUUGAGUGGAGGAUUCUUUCGAUUACCAAAUGAUUUGCCUAGGGUAUUCUGGAAGUACCCUUUACACUAUGUCGCAUUUCAUAAGUAUGCUUACCAAGGACUGUUCAAGAACGAGUUUGAAGGACUAAAAAUUCAUGACGAGAACAUGAAAAGUUUGAUCAAAGGGGAAGAUAUUCUGAAAUAUAAAUGGGAAAUGGAUAUAGAUUACUCAAAGUGGGUGGAUCUUGCCAUUUUACUGGGGAUGAUAAUUUUAUACAGGCUAUUGUUCUUGCUGUUUGUCAAGGCUGGUGAAAAGGUUAAGCCAGCUGUAAGAGCAAUCAUGUCUAACUCACCUAAACAAAUCAAUUCAGCAGAAACACCUUUGCAUGAAUUUUCUGCUUAAUUACAAUAUAGGUGUUCAUGUUAUUAUAUAUAGCUAGUCUAUUUCCUUGUAUAAUUUGCUAAUUUCACCAUGUAAUAAGUCGUACCUUUUAAAUUAUAUCUCCUAUUGAAGCUAAUCUACAUUUAAAUAAAUUGGAUCAA